CGGCCAACGCUCCGGCAUCCCCUUAAUUCAAAGCUGAUAAACUCAAAACAAUUAAAUCUCCAGGCUCUCAUGUCAACAGCAUUCAAUGAUUUAGAGAAUGAUGAAGAUGCCAGUUCCGUCGACAGUAGUCAUUAUCGAGAUACCAGAGACAUUGAUUGCACUGAUACAGCAAUCAACUCUGACCCAGAAUCUUCAGUUGCAUCUGUCAAAGGGGUAGCGCAACUACAGAAGGAAUUCAAUGUGUACAAUCACGUGGAGAAUCUGAAUAAUUACGAUCACAAUGUGAUAACAAAUCAUCACAUAUCUGACACCAAAACCGGUGGGUCUGCGCACACCAAGUUUGAUUUGUACAAACAAACCAAGACACCGUACGGCAAUAAUAGAUUCAUCGACAACAGCAAUAGUAACAGCAUGCUGGAGACGCCGUAUGAAUUGACGAAACCACCGAUCACCGGAUAUUCUCGCAAGAUACAUCCGCAAUCGGAGGAGUGUACAUUUAACGAGAAUUAUCCCUGCAACUACGAAACACCAUCCAAUCAUUACAAUACUCACGCACCCAACAAAUACUCCAACAAUGGCUUUACCGAUGUCUAUGAAAAUAAUGUACAAAGUAAGCAGAUUCCCGAGUUUGGCGGCGGCGACAACACUACGUCGGAUCACAUGAAUCAUUGCUACAAGACUAGUCCAAAUGGCAGGUCGAUAGACGAUGAUGCAGCGUACAAAACGGCAGAGUACAAUAGCAAGGAGCAACUGGAAGUACUGUAUAAGGUCAGAUUAAGGGAGAUCGAUCGUUUAACGAAUGAGUUGCAACAAUUGCAAUUGGAAAAGGAGGAUGAAAAGAGUCAAAUGACCAGAAAAUUGAUGCUGCUACAAGCGGAAAUCGAAAGAGUUAAUAUCUCCAGGACUCAAGCACAGCAUGCACUUGUUAACGCCAAGGCUGAGAUAAAUGAUCUGCAAAUGCAAAUGGAGUCUCUAAAAGAGAAAAAUACAGUUUUGGAGAAGACCAAUCAAAAUAUCACAGAAGAUCUGAAUAUCGCGAGAGACUCUGUCAUAGAUCUGCAACAGAAAAUUGCUGUAUUGGAAAGAACACAGGUGCUGCAAACAAAUGACAAGACACAUGAAAAGUUUUUAAAACAGGCGCAAGAGAAGCAUGCAGUGGAAAUGAAAAAUAUGCAGACACAAAUAGACGUUCUUACGGACAAAUUAAAUGUCAAGCUGCUCAAUAUGGACACCAGCAACAAUAGUAUUUGGGAGACAUCGUAUAUUACUCUUGAACACAAAUUAGAUGAUGCUCGAAGAGCGCAUGAGGCUCUCAUGGUGGAGAAGGGUGACACUAUGAAUCGAUUAGCACAAGCGUUGGAGAAGAGUCAAGCUCAAUGUCGCAAUCUGAUGACAACGAAUAGCGCUCAGCAAGUCAUGCAAUUACAGGCGCAAGUGAAAAUGUUGACUCAGGAAAAGGAAGAGUUGCACAAAACUGUGUAUGACUUGCAGAACAAAUUGGAGGUGGUCAAGAGCGAUGUAGCGCAAUAUGAUUCUUUAUUGACUACAACCUUGGAGGAUGAAUCUGAUUCAAUUCGGCAGAUGAAAUUAGGUGAACUUCACAAUAAAGCGAAAUUGAAACCGGUUGAUGAUAUCACAAAUAAAUUAAGAGGCGAACUGCAAAGAUGUCUGGCUGGUCAAGCUGUAAAGAGAAAAGAAAUAAAUCGUUUGGAGAAUACUCUAUCGCAGAAAGAAAAAGAGUUAAACAAAGCUGUAACAUUAGCGGAAACGUGUCGACAGGAAGCGGCACGUUAUGCUAAGCGAAUUAAUGAAUUAGAGCAAGAACUGAAAUCUGUAUUAACAGACGAGGCCAUGAAAGCGAAUGCUAAGAUACAGAAAUUAUCGGAUCUUUUAAACGAUAUGAAAAAACAAUACGAAUUGUUACGUAAUGAAAAGAUUAGCAUAGAAGAAAAAUUAGAAGAGACUUUAGCUGUUAACCAAGAGAAACUUAACAAAAUGCAUCAAGAGACUAUAGAACAACAAGAAAAAGAAGCUAUCAACGAGUAUAAUAAAGAAUACUUGGAAAUACAUGCUAAAGCCAUAGAGAGAGUAAAGAAAGAAGCACAAAUGGAAAUAGUACAAUUGUCUGUACAAUUAGAACAGACACAAAAAGAAUUAAGUCGCGUAAAAGAAUUGUACAUAGAUGUAUGUGGAACAAAGGAGCAAUUAAUAAACGAGCAUAAAAAUGAAAUCAAAACAUUAAAGAAUAAAUAUAGUAUAAUUGAAUCGCAUAGCAAGGAUGUGGAAAAAUUGGAGAACGAAUUGCAGAUGCAAAUUAAGUUGUGUAAUAAACUGACCCAGGAAUGCGACGACUUCAACAGCAAAAUAAUCGAGUUGGAAAAGGAUCUGGCAUAUGAAAGAAGAAAAAAGGAAGAUUAUGUGAAAAAAAUACAUUCUGAAAUAGAAAGAGCGAAAGAAGAAGCGUUACAUGAACUAAGAAAUGCGCACCCAAAUCAAGAAAUAAGCCUUCUUUUACCAGAUCAUUGUUCCGAACAUUUAGAAAAAAUCAAUCAGCUGGAGGAAGAUUGCAAGCGCUUGGAAGAGAAACUUCAAAUUGCAGUUGAAGAGCAGAAAAAAUUAUCUGAUUAUCAAACUGAAUUGGACGAUGCCAAAUUGAAAAUAGCACAAAUGGAAAUCUCGCAAGAAUCGUGGAAGAAAAAAUAUGAUAAAAUCGUCAAUGAGAGAAAGGAUCUUCUUGCAAAAGUCUCCAAAUUAGAUCUAGAAAUGUCAAAUCUAAAACGUACUGCAAAACUCGAAGACUCGGACGAUGUGAAACUGAAGAUUGCUCGGUUUCAAGCGGAGAACGAGACAUUGAAAAGUCAAUGCGAUAGUCUAUUUGGUGAAAGAAACACUUAUAAGGAAAAAAUCUCUGAACUGGAAACAGAAUUGCUUGACACGAGGAAAAAGAUUAACAAUUUCGAAGGAAAGUUGCGGAGAAGCGGCGAUAUUACACUGAAUUCAAAGAAUGAAUUGGAGAAGGAGCUUUCUUAUUACAAAGAUUUGGCUACGCAAUUAAGUAAACUAAAUAAUUCGAAAGAGGAUCGCGUCAAUGAUUCCGCGAUGGUGGAACAGAGAAUACAACAAUUUGAACAGGAGUUACGAAGUAAAAAUGAGAAAUUAAGCAGGUUACUAAAAGAUUUUGAAAAAAUCAAAGAUGAGAGAGAUCAGCUGCUAAUAAAAUUGCAAAAACAAGCUCAGCAAUUCGAACAAUAUGUUAAAAGUCAGAAUAAAGUCUCCGCGGAAUUAAAUCUGUCUCCUCGUAGCACGAGUGAUAGUACAGAUUUUCAAAAAAUACGAGAAGGAAUGGAACAGAAGGUGGCAAAGGAGCUUAGAGGAAUUGAGGAACGGAAUCUCGAGAAGAGGAAGGAACUGGAGGAAAAAUAUAAAACUGCUAUUUCAGAGUGGCAAAGAAAUACGAUGAGAAGAAUCAAGAAGUAAUAAUGUUGCAAAGGAAAUAAUGGCCGAAAAAGUAAAGGUCAAUCAAAU